GUCAUUUCCUUGUCAAACUCAAAGAAGAGCCAAAGAAGAGAAAUUCAAGUCUGAAUCAACUUCAGAGAAGAAGAAGGAAAAAAAGGAGAAUGAGGAAGACAUUCGUAUGUGAUGAAUCGAUGAUCAUCACCAUUCCAAUUGGAAGUCUCAGGGAUCUCCGAGAUGGUCAGCUGAUGCCAGAGAAAUUCCACUGCGUCUUCAGAGACUCCUACAAGGUCUUUGUUAUUAAGGGGAAACCUACACCUAUGGGAGCAGCUCAAGCCAUCGCUGGUGUGUUUCUUUUCACACUUGGACUGGUUCAAAAAAACAGUCCAAGCGUGUUCCUCUACACUCUACCGAGUAUUCUGUUUGUGGUCUGUGGUAUGCUGUCCUUUGCUGCAGGAAAAUUUCCAAACAUGCAUGUGACAAAGCUGUCGUUCUCUCUGAACAUUAUCAGCUUCUUCUGGUCAGUUGCAGCAUUUUCUCUCGCCUUGGUCCUCUUUCCUCAUCCUCCCAAUCCCAAGAUGGCUCAAGGAAUCAGCGUGCUGAUAAUGACCCUGCUGGUUGUUGAAAAUUUGAUAGCCAUAUUCUUGAUCUACUGGUUGAGCAAAGCUGUGUGCAGAGAACAUUUCAACACUUUGCCCACCGUACUGCUGAAACAGGGAGACUGAAUUUUAGUGACAGAUGGAAACCCGCGAACGACCUACAUUUAACUUUCCUGUCAGUGUCAUAUGCUCCUCAGCAUGCAACAAACAACGACUGUGAAAGUCGGGUUGUUAAGCCUGUAUAGUCAUGCACUGCUGCUCAAGUAUAACUUGUAUGUAUUACUUUACUUUUUGAACAGUCACAAGUUGCAUUCCAUGUUUACUUCUGGAUCAUAUGAAAGCAGCGGCCACAUCUGUAUUCAGUAAAAAAAGAAAAAAAUGUGUUUGUAAGCUGUCUUUGAUUUUUGCAAAAAGGUAAACUUGCAGUAGUUUGGCUUUUUUUUCAUGAGAUGCAAACUAUAAUUCUGAACAUUAAUAAUUUUUUGGAGUAACAUAAUACAGGUGUGAGCUCAGUGCCGCUGGACUCCAGUGUUUGUCAUCGAUUCUUAGUUUGAUUUUAUGUCUCCAAAUUUUUACGAUAACAAAGAGGCUUUUGCUCCCCGGAUCCUUGAGCAGUCAAGCUGACAGAAUUCCUCAAACUUUCCUGAAAUUUAAACUUUCAAAAAAUCUCAGUAUUUGUAUUUUUAGCCAUUUGUAAACACUUAUUUAACUGCUUGCUGUUUAAUGCAUUUUAGCAUUAUAUGUUUUUUAUGGUGUUUGUGAAUCAGCACAUAGUUAUAUUUUUAAAUAAACAGUUCUCUGUGUGUUUUGCUCUGUUGUAGCCUGUGUAAAUGUAUUACUACCCCGAUACAACAUGCACAAAUGAAUCCGAGAAGCAAGGGUUAUUUUAUGUUUGCUACAAAGUAGAAAAUAAGUGAAGCAUGCAAUGCAGUCUGUAAGAUGUAAUAGUUUUA